AUGAGCUCUCCUUCGAAUUACAAGGGUUCUGGUGGCACCAACGGAGAGCCUAUGAUUUCCAUUAACGGAAUCCGAUGCUCAAUUACGGACCUCUCCCCACCAACCACCCGUAUCCUGCCAACCGUGUAUUCUCAACGGUUCAACAUCUCACUCUACGAUGCGCAAUAUGACUCGAAGACUGGGAAGCAAAUUCCCAUACCGAGGAAGGUUAUUCAUGCCGUCGUGGCAGCGAUACUUCGCUUCCAGAUUGUUUGUCUGGAAGUGGGGGUACCGGCGAGUCAGAUGCUGAUUAUUGCGACUGAGGCGACGCGGACGGCGAUCAACUCGGAGGAGUUCGUUAAGACCAUCCAGAACAGAACACAUGUCCAAGUGCGAAUGCUGCCGAAGGAUGAAGAGGGCGUUGUUGGGGCGUGGGGCAUUGCGAGCGGAUUUUCGGAUAUUGAGGGACUGGCGAUUGACCUCGGGGGUGGGAGUAUGCAGAUGACUUGGAUUGUUUCCCAUGCUGGAGACGUGCGUAUCAGUUCCAAGGGGUCUAUUAGCUUCCCCUAUGGUGCUGCUGCUCUGACGCAGAAACUGGAAGCUCUAACGAAGGGUAAAGAUGAGGAUGAGGCGGCCAAGGCCAAGGAGCAAUUCCGCCAGGAGAUGACUAGUCAGUUUCGUCGCGCGUGGGAGGAUUUAGAGAUCCCUGAGCGACUCGUCAAUAAGGCGAAGAAGGAAGGUGGCUUUCAGCUCUAUCUCUCUGGAGGGGGAUUUCGUGGGUGGGGAUAUCUUCUUCUCUAUCUGCAUCAAGUCCGGGGCGAGUAUUACCCGAUUUCCAUCAUCAAUGGAUAUACUGUUGGGAAGAAGGACUUUGAGAACACAGAGGUGUUGAAGAAGGUUGCGAAGACUGCAAAAGAUAUCUUUCGUGUGUCUGAUCGUCGCCGAAAACAAGUCCCCUCGGUCGCAUUCCUCGUGAACGUGCUCGCGAAGGCCAUUCCUCAUGGGAUUAAGGAGGCACACUUCUGCCAGGGAGGCGUUCGAGAGGGUGCCCUGUAUCGCAAGAUCCUACCUGUUAUCCGCCAGCAGGAUCCUUUGCAGGUUGCGACCAUGAAUUUCGCCCGCGGAUCGGCCCAGGCGAUGGCUUUCAUGGCCUUCUCGUCCAUUCCUCGUCCAACAAAGGACAGGUCUUUUCCUCAUUCUAUUAGCCCACAUGUCAUUCAAGCCUUUGCCAAUAUCCUUUAUGCGCACGCUACAAUGUCUAAAGAGACGGCAGCCACAGCCGCGCUCUACAGCACAAGCACCGGGGUCCUGGCGGAAGCGCAUGGUAUACCGCAUGCCGAUCGCGCUCGCCUGGCGUUGAUGCUGCAGGAGAGGUAUGGUGGCGAAUUGCCACCUCGUGAGAUGGACUUUAAGAAGAGCCUGCGGUCGCUUCUUACCCCGGAGGAAAUCUGGUGGACGCGGUAUCUAGGGAAACUGGGUCUUGUCAUCAGUCGGGUGUAUCCCACGGGCGUCAUUGAUCCGUCCAGACCACGCGCAAUGCCAAGAGCGCGCUGGGCAAACGAUCUGGGGAAGAAGAAAAACAAGCAAGGAAUUGAGUUGAAGGUCUCACUGCAGAAGGUAGGGUUUGAUCCCACCAGACUGAAGCAAGAGCUGGAAGCAGACCUGAAGAAGAUACGGAAAGUCGGGAAAAGGAAGCACUGGAUUGGAGGUAGGGACGGAUGGGGGAUGAAAGUCGAAGUACUUCUAGUGGAGGAGGACCUUCUUUAA